GAGAGGUUUAAAUAUCAGAGAUAAAAAUAUCUUGCUGCGCAAACAUGAUUCCGUGUGCGCUUUUACUUUGUCUCCUUCAUGCCAUCAUGGCUGAAAACAGACUCGUCUCCGUGGACUUUGAGGUCUUCGGGAACGUGCAGGGUGUGUGCUUCAGGAUGUACACAGAGGAUCAUGGACACAGUCUGGGGCUCAGCGGCUGGGUGAAGAACACCAGACAGGGCACUGUGAUUGGUCAGGUCCAGGGACCGUGGGACAAAGUCAGUGACAUGAAGCACUGGCUGAAGAGCGUCGGCAGUCCGAGUUCCCGAAUUGAUCGAGCCGUGUUCUCCAACGAGCGAGACAUUUCCAAAGUGGAGAUCCACGGGUUCUCGACUCGCUACUGAGCACGCUAACACACCUCAGAGGCCACCUGAUCUGCAGCUGACUACCAAUCUGACAGUACUGAUUAUUGAUUGGUGACAUCACUGUUUCCAAUGUUUAUUUUGAUCAGAGAAAUAAAGUGUAAAGGUUUACUGUU